AUGCGGAGUGCCACACUCCGCCAACCACCGGCGCGAUGGAUUCGGGCGCCUGGUCGGGCACUUUCGAGCUCGUUCACCAGAGGGCGCGUCAGUCCUCGCGGCCCUCGCAAUUCCAUACGCAGACCAGAACCGCUUAGACGAGAGAGAAUACCCGUGACACCAGAAACAAAUAAUUCAGGCUCUCCCAGCCCCGAGUACGACCCGUCUCAAAACUCACUACUUUCUCCCGUCCAUAUACCCGAAGAUCCGAAUGCCGUGCUCAAGGAAACCCAUCCGGCGACGGGGAUAUUAGCCAAUUCCGGGCUGGUGAUCCAGCGACAGUUGGAGUUGAUGAAUGUGAUGAUCGGGUUUGAACAAGCCAACAAGUAUGUGAUUAUGGAUGCAAACGGAAACCAUAUUGGGUAUAUGGCAGAGCAAGAGAAGGGAAUGGCAAGCAUGAUGGCCCGACAGUGGUUUCGGACGCAUCGAGGCUUCAUGACGCAUGUGUUUGAUAGGCACGAGAAUGAAGUGCUGCGGUUUCAUCGUCCUUUUUCUUGGAUCAACUCUCGUAUCCGAGUAUACAAUCCCGUUGACAUUGCAGCCGGUGCCAAUUCCUCCACAAAUGUCCAGCCGGUUCAGCCAGGUGCACUGGCACAGGCGACAGAAGCCUCAAAUGCCCGAGUCUCGCCACUAGGAUUUGAUGAAAUGCGUGUCGUCGGGGAAGCCCAGCAACAAUGGGCGCCAUUACGGCGAAAAUACAACCUCUUCACCUACCAUACCUCGCCGGACCAAGCGCCGGACAUGCAAACACAGAGAACGCCCCUCUCACAGUCGGGUCUUUCCCCCGCGCAACAGAUGCAGCUUAUGCAAGCGACACACAACGGGUCAGGGCAAGGCGAAUACAAUCAAUUUGCUUAUGUUGAUGAACCCUUCUUGUCGUGGGAUUUCGGCCUUCGCUCGGCGGAUAGCCACCUAAUAGGUUCAGUCAAUCGCAACUUUGCGGGAUUUGCUCGGGAGAUCUUCACGGAUACCGGUGUAUACGCCAUGCGAAUGGACUCAGCAGCCCUCGACGCUGAACAAGCAGCUGCCAAAAACAAUGCUGUUACGGGCAUGACCCUUGACCAGCGUGCGGUGAUGAUGGCUACGGCAGUCAGUAUUGAUUUUGACUAUUUCAGUCGUCAUAGUGACUCCGGCGGCUUUGGUUUCUUCCCUCUAUGGAUUCCAGGAUUCGGCGGAGAGGCUGCGGCUGGGGGCGCAGCCGCUGGUGAGGCCGGUGCUGUAGGGGAGACUGCCGCAGGGACGCUGGGUAGAGCCGGCGCUGCUGGAGGCAUGGCUGACAGUGCGGCGGCUGGAGCUGCAGGCGCAGGAGCCAUGGCAGGAUACGAUGCCUUAUCUAGGGGCAUGUCGGCGGACGGCCAGUCCCAGUCCGCUUCACCAGACCAGCAUCCGCCGCCCAUGGAUCAACAGUCGCCGACUUCCGGACUAAGAGGUCCCUACGGAGAUGUAUGGGCCGAAGAAGAUCCUUGGAGCCAUGGCCAGGAGGAUCCUUGGGCCGACGACGAUCUGAGUGAUGGCGGCGACGACGACUUUUUCUAA